AUGCCGAGAUUUACACACCGCACUGCAUUUGCAUUGGUGUGGCUGGUGCUUUCUCCGUUGCUGGGCAGGCUUCUGAGAGCUUCUGUCCGCGUGCCCCACCACGAGGCUGCAGCCCGGGCCGAGGCUGCGAAGUUUCGUGGGGUGAGCUAUCACAAGCAACGGGGUAUUUUCAUGGCACGCCUGUGUGUUUGUGGCCGACCAGCCUAUAUCGGCUGCUUCCAAAGUGCUCAGCAGGCCGCUGAGGCCUAUGAUCAAGAGGUGAGACGCAUGUACCCAGAUGCCACUCCAGACCACCAGUUUCGGCGCAAGAACUGGCUGAACUUUGCCUCGGAGGAGGAAGCUGCUUACGAUGAAUCCCCGGAGCAGGCACGAACGCGUGCGAUGAGCACAUAUGGCGCAGUCCAGCGCAAAGAGGCCAGAUCCUUCGAGCUUUUGAAGGAGGCCUUGGAUGCAUCAGUUUAUUCAGGGAAUUACGAGCUCAUGCGCUUGACCGGGUCUUCCAAAGCAGAUGCUUUGUUCAAGCUUCGUGGCUCGUCGAAAGCUGGUUUACCGAUUCAGAUAAAGGCAGCAACAAGUCUGUGGAAGCAAGCAAGGACUUACACGUUUAAAAACUUGCUCGGAUAUGAUGGCAUGCUGGUCGUUCUUGUCGCAUUGGAUGGCGCCCACUUCUGGGCGGCCGCCGGCGAGGAACUCAAAUUUGAUAAUAUGCGCAUAACCAUCGGGUGUGAAAGUGAUAAUGAACGGCGGGUCGAAAGUAUAGGGGCGCUGUUGGUUGCUUGCUUCAAGAACAUUAAGAAGUUUCCCCACGUGUCCGUUGAAGAGGCAGAGCUCCAGUGCUCCCGCACUUGUAGGGUUGAGGUAGCCGCACAUCGGCAGCUCAUGAAGUUGUUUAACUGCGUGAACUGGAGCUUGACAUGUCCUCAGCAACAUCUGUCGACAGUCGACUCCCUGCUGGAGGUUGGCGUCGGGGGUCCGGUGGUGCGCUUGCAAGAGAAGGCAUCGCACUUGAAUCGUCGGGGCAAGUAUGAGGUACGAAUGUCCAAGUGCGGAGGCUCGCUUGGACGACUUGCAUAUGCUGAGAACGACUUCGACUUGCUGGUGGCCCUUGUUUUGCACAAGGAUAAGUUGCAAGGCAUCUUCCUGCUUCCCUCUUCCGAAUUGGUGCAGCAAGGCUUGGUGGCCAAGAGGCCCUCCUUGCUCAUUCUGUACCCACCAUGGUGGCUCCCGAAGAGGAGUUUUUACAAGGAGAAAAACGCUUGGCAGCUCGACUUCUUCAUCGACCUCCGCACUUGGCAGGGCUCCACGGAGCUGCCAGCGCAGGUGAAGAUGCGCCUGGAGCGUCGCAGCGGGAACCGAGUUGUUUCGAAGAUUGCGGACUGGGGGUUCGACGGAAAGGCCGUCAACGUGCAGAUCUGCGACCUGAUCAAGGAGAAUCGCCACCUCGCCCCCCUAGCGCUGGCACGCAUCGAGGAGCGCCUUCGCAAAGACAGCCCAUCGCCGGUGCAUCUGGCGUUGAGCCUUUUGGAGAUGCUCGUGAAGAACUGUGGACUGAUCAUCUGCCAAGCAAUCAAUGCAGACCUCGCAGAGACCCUCGUUUCCCUCGUGAAGAAGCGGGAGAGCUGGAGGUAUGGGUUCGGCCGCAACCUGCACAAGACAGGGCUUUCAGAGUGGCUCCCACAGGGCAUUGCCAUCGGUGAGGACCAGCGAGCACAGUGGCGGCAAGCGACGCAGAAGGUCCUCGAAAUCCUUCAGCUCAGUGUCGACGCUUUCAUGCUGCAUGAAGGGACCAUGCGACCGGUCUUCAACGCGUACAAGCGCUUGAGACAGGAAGGCUACCAGUUCCCUCGGUCAUCCACUGGCGUGGCCGCCAAUCUCUGCCUCGUGAACGGUGCGGAAAGCAGCCCGGCCUACCUCGCCGGCGCCACGCCGUCCGCUGACACUCCGGCACCGACCAGCGCGCCGGCGCCACGGCCGGCACGACCUUCGGCAGAGGCAGAGGACGAGGAGAUCGCCCGGAUGAUUGGCGCGCGUGCUGAUGCCUCGGAGCGGGUUGAGCAGCUGGUGCAGGCACUGGAGCAGGGCCGGGACUUCGACCCGCAGGAGCUCGAUGAGCUCAUCACCUUGGUGGAGGACAUCUCGGAGGUUCUUCGCGCCAUGGGCGUCGAGGACGAGGACGGACGGCCAAAGGCGCCGCCUCCUUCAUCCGUUCCUCCGGGAGCCAUUGGCGUCCGGAAUGUCCCAGCUGCCCGUGUCAUCAGCGAGUCGCCUGAAGGGCUCCUCAUCGACGACACAGGUGGGGCUUCCCAGUUCGAGCCAGAGGAGUCUUCAGAUCGGUCUCCCAGCCGUCCCUCCGCGUCUCCCGAGGAUCUUGGGGACCCGCUCUACGAUGCACCCGGAAGCGCGGCGGGCAACGCCUUGCUUGGCGGGCGUGCAAAGAAAAGGGCCUCGCGUGGCUGGUCGCAGUGGGCCGAGUCCAUGCGGUCCAUGGCCGCAGGCGGCAGCCGCACCCGGCGCCUCGGCGACGGGGUCCCCAGGAGUGCGUAUGCCGAUCUCGGCGAAGCCGGCACACCGCUGUUUCAAUGA